GUAGAUGUGUGGUCCUUUGGAGUGAUACUUUAUGCUUUGCUCUGCGGUUCUUUGCCUUUCGACGACGAGCAUGUUCCCAACCUCUUUAAAAAGAUUAAGCAUGGGAGUUUCACGUUGCCUGGCCAUCUGAGCGCUAGCAGUCGGCAUUUGCUCGUACAAAUGCUGGUUGUGGAUCCAAGCAAGCGGAUUCGACUAGAAGGCAUUAAAGAGCAUCCGUGGUUUCAGGAACGUCUGCCUGACUAUCUGCGCUCAAUCAAACCGAGGGUUAGCUUCUGCGGUCCUCCAGACGCCCUCGUUCUCAAUCAAAUGUCGAAGCUGGGAUAUGACGUUAGCGACCCCUCAGUCUGUUUACGUGGACAUGUAGGCUUCCCCAGGAGCCGCGAGUCUGUGGCGUAUCAGCUGCUCUCAGAUCGCCGCCGCAAACAAAUUGCGCUCUCUGGCAUGGCGGCAGAGGAGCCUCCGACAUUUCCGCUAGGCGUUGUGCAACGACUGAGUCUGCGGUGCUGCGGUGAAGCAUCUUCGCGUGCAGCAGCAGCGGCGAUGCUGUCAUUGCAACAGCAACUGGGGGGCCAGCUCCCUGGUGGCAGUACAGCGCACAAUUCUGCUGCCGCUGCUAUGACGGGUGAGAGGUCACCAGAAUGUCGCUCUCCUGGAAAUGGAAUUGCAUGGUCUACUGCGCGGUGGAAGCUUGGGAUUGAGGCCGCUUUCGAUGCGCCUAUCCUUAUCACUGCCAUCUUGAACACCCUGAAGGCGUGCGACUAUGAGUGGUAUCUGCUGUCACAGUACAAAUUGCGAUGUCGCCCUCUUCGGCCGGCUUCCGAGCAGGAGGCUGCCAAUCCGCCUGCCAGCUACAGCAGCAACACACACCCCAACAAUGUCGAAUUUGCAUGCGACACAGAGGACAUCAUUCUGGCGAUUCAGCUGUUCAAAGUCGGCAGCUGUCGUUACGUUAUCGACGUUCAACUCUUUGAAGGCAGCGCAAUGGUUUGCAUUUCGGAGGCCCUCUGGAUAACCUCUGCAAUAUAUUCGGCCCUCACGCAACUGCAAAGGCAGCAGCAGCGCUGCAGACUUCACGCGCCUUCUCCCGACCAGCAGCAACAGCAGCAGCCCCUCUCAACUCCCCCCUUCCUUCUCCCCACAUGGUCUCCCACGAAUCCCGUCACACUCACGUCUGGAGGUCCUACGCAUAGGCUUUUCGCGUAG